ACUCAAAGAACAUAAGCAGCACAACAUUGUAUCAGAUUUCUCUUCAGACUUUAGAAAAUUUCCUCAAGGGCUGCUCUCUAUUAGAUCCUCCUCUGUGGUGCUCCAGCAAGGAAGUAGUUUCUGACAUGAAUAUUCUGCUUUUGAUGAUACAUGUUCUAGGUAUAACCUCUGCUUCUCCAAUUAAAAGGAGUGCCAAUCUACCUGGAAGUGAAUAUGAGGCAAGUAUUUCCAGUUUUAAUGUCAUUGACACAGACAAAGAAGUCUUAAGCAACAGCUCUGAGAAUGAUGUGGGGAACAAACAAAAUGGUGAGAACAGAAACUAUGGGCACCUGGAGGAAACAAAAUUAAUUAAGUUUACAAGUGGACUGGAUCAGACUGAAGAGGUGUCUACCAUUGAUAGCAAUAUCCAAGGCACUCAUAAGGAUAAAUCUAAUAAUCAGCUAAACCAAGAGGAUACUAGUCUCCAGAAGAGCAAUGAUGCUGCUGAGAACAAUAUCCAGGGAACACAAAGUGUUGAUGAUAAUGUUGAGCUCCAAAGAGGAGAAGGCAUUAACAGUCCUUACAUAGACCCACAUGUUAGCAGAAAUGACACUGAACAAAAUCAUUCUGAACAGCUGAACUGGAAAAAUGUAGGGCAUGAUUCAGCUUUGGGAGAAGAGGAGUUUGUGCCUCAGGAAAUGGUGUUCUCUUCUGAAAAGCAAGAUAUGGUAGAGCCCCACAUUGCCAGCCACUUUAAUAUAGAGAGACAGGACAAUGAAAUACAUAAAGGCCAUCUUCAUUUUGACACCUAUUAUUUUAGUUAUGAAGCCAUGCAAGAGGAGGAGGCAGGUAAUAGCAGUGAUGGGAAUGAAGCUACCUUCAGUCAGCAGGAAGAAAGCAAUAGUGACUCUGGGCAGUCUACUCAACAAAAUGGCCAAGACAUGGCCAGUGACUUGAAGAGUUCAAGUGAAUCUAGUCAAGACGAUACUAAUGAGUUAAGUGCUCCCAGCAGCUCCAGUGACUCAACAGAUUCCAGUCAUUCAAGCAACUCUAGUGAUCCCAGGAAUCCAAGCAACUCCAAGAAAUCCGGUGAAAAAGACAGUACUUUGCCAUAAGUCUAACAGUGACAUCCCAAGAUAUUGAAUACUGGUAGCAGAAUCACAAAAUAAAAAAGAAGGCACUAAUCUUACACACAGGUGCCAGUGAGAGUAAUUCAUGUAAUGCAGGUGAUUAAAGCUAAAUCGGUAAAUGGCAGCAGCUGCAGCUGAAACC